CAAAUGCGUCGUUAAGUUAUCAAUUUGCUUGGCUGAAGCAGGCUGAAGAGUUGUUUGUCACUAUAUAGGCUAGCUAAUGUACAUUGAGCUGGAAAAGCUAACAAUGAUUUGUCGAUAUGUUAUUAGUGUGGGCAGUGUCCAUCUUUACUGGUAAGAUUCUACACGAAAUUCUUUACGAGCUACCUGUGCUGGAGGUGCCUAGUGAUCGAUGUUGGCAUAUGCCGACACUCGAAAUGUGGACUGCCGUACUUUAGUCGUUGAACUUUGGGAGGCGGCUUCGAUGCGUAUCAAAUCUGAUUAAAAAUAACCAAGCUAAACAGAAUCGUUGAGCAUACAAUUUAAAUAGGAACCGUUGUGAACGCAUUCCAUCAGUGAGGACAUCCAUGAGAAAUUAGCAAGAUGAAUGCCGUGAGGAUUUCCAUGUUUGUGAUACUAGAUGGACUUUUAUGCAUAGUCUCAGGUAGGAGAUAUCGCCCGACUUGGGAAUCCCUCGACACUCGGCCAGCACCCAACUGGUUUGACCGGGCCAAGAUUGGGAUCUUUUUACACUGGGGAGUCUUCGCCGUUCCCUCGUUCAAUGGAGAGUGGUUCUGGUAUUAUUGGAAAAGCGGUGACAAGGCAUCAAUGAAGUUCAUGCAGGAUAAUUAUCCGCCAGGCUUCAAAUACGCUGACUUCGCGACUUAUUUCACAGCUGAGUUCUAUAAUGCGAGCCAAUGGGCCGAGCUGUUCAAGAACGCCGGAGCAAAGUAUGUAGUCUUAACAUCCAAACAUCAUGAAGGUUACACCAUGUGGCCUUCUUCAGUUUCUUUUAACUGGAACGUCAAAGAUGUUGGGCCCAACAAGGAUCUCUUAGGUGAACUAGCCGAUGCCACAAAGAGCGCCGGUUUGCAUUUUGGAGUCUAUCACUCGUUAUACGAGUGGUUCAAUCCAAUCUACGAGUCAGAUAAAAGGAGUGGCUUUAGAAGGCAAGACUUUGUGAGAAACAAGUGUCUUCCUGAGCUCUAUGAGUUGGUUAACAACUACGAACCGGACGUGAUUUGGUCGGAUGGAGAUUGGGAAGCCCCGGCGGAGUACUGGAAUACCACGAACUUCUUGGCGUGGCUCUACAAUGACAGUCCAGUUAGAGAUUCGGUGCUGGUUAACGACCGCUGGGGCAUUGGCAUACCAUGUAAGCACGGCGAUUUUUACAAUUGCAAAGAUCGUUACAAUCCCGGUGUGUUCUUACCCCACAAAUGGGAAAACGCUAUGACGCUUGAUCGCAAAUCUUGGGGCUAUCGACGAGUUAUGAACAUUAGUGACGUGCUUUCUAUCGAUGAGUUAGUUGCUACCCUUGUACAAACCGUUAGCUGCAAUGGUAACUUGUUGGUGAACGUGGGGCCUAGAAAGGACGGUAUCAUAGACCCAAUAUUCCAAGAGCGUCUACUGCAAAUGGGCGAUUGGUUGAGGAUCAAUGGUGAAGCCAUCUAUGAGUCAAAGACAUGGCAACGUCAAAAUGACACGAUCAACAAAAACGUAUGGUACACAUCCAAAGGUGACGUGGUGUAUGCCAUAAUUUUGAAACCAGACAGUGGAGGCCAGGUCCGGCUGGGAUCUUUCAACUCAGCUAACAUUGGAUCAGCUACGGAAAUGACUGUCUUGGGAUUCGAUGGAAAGUUGACUUUCGCAAUUGACUCUGCUGGAAUUUCGAUCAUGAUACCGGUUUUACGAAGCCAGGCGAACCAAGUUGCGAUAAGCAUAAGAAUUACAGGGCUGAAAAAGUGUAAUCAGUGGGACCUUGAUGAGAACUUAUGAAGGAACUAAGCUACCGUAUGCUGCCAAAUAUGUGUAUUAAUAGAUUUAAUAUACUUGAUUCUGGAAGUUUCCCUAUGGCAUUUUCACCCAAAGGGCACUCAAACUUUCCGACUUAAAAAGAAUACGUUGGAGCUAGUAUCGAUGGAUUUAAUUUAUAGGCAGUUAAUCCAUGUAAUUAGAUGUGCACAGUUCUAUCACUAUUUUUAUAGUGAUAUGAUAAUACGUGGUACACUUAAUUUCAAGUCAAUGUGCUUUCUACGUUUAGCGACAGAGUAGCGUAAUAAUGAAGUACAUGGGAUGCAAAAAUCCGAAUCAUUUUGUCCUUUCUUUGAUAGCUCUUUUCCAAUGCUAGUUUUGGUGCACGACACACCAGAUAAACAGGCAUUCAUGUAAACGCUGCGUCGCUUUCGAGGGUAUUAUGAACUUCAUUAUUUUUAUUUUUAAAAUAACUACUACAUAAUUGGUUACGUCAGUAAUCAAAGACCAGCUUGUUCGAGUAUUUUUAUAGCAACAGUACCUCAUAAAUUUAAUAUGCUCAAAUUCGUUACGACAGAAAAUAAUGGUCCGUUGACGAAAAAAUACCUCGGACAUGAUCAUAGUAUUCCUCUGGCGUUACGUAAUAUUCUGUUUUACUGAACCUGACCGAACCUUUCCUACGUUAAAGUGGUUUAUCAUACCCAAUAAAUACACACCAUAUUCACACUUAGGAACCGCCCCCCACAUACGAUAAUUUAACGUUAGACAGUAUGCGCGAUAAAAUGACAAUCCAAUAAUAUAACGUCGGAAAGCUGCUCUUAAAAAUUAUCACCGACGACAACUGCUUAUGUAAUCGUCGCUUAACCAGCACUAAAAACAAAAAGCUCAGCAUGACCAUUCUUGCCAUUGCCAAUAUCCAAAUAGCAGGGUAUUUUACAUUGUCUACAACAUCGCCGUUGUUUACUACCUCGGCCGUAGGAUACGGUUUUAAUGACAGUAGCAACAGCAUCAGUUGCUAUUACCGCAGACGUAUUCACAAGCGAUCUGCAGCUAGCAGCACUCCUCCGAAACACCAUUGCUAGCGGACCCAUUUUGACUAAUCACUAAUAGUCAUAGGCUAUUGAUAUCCACAUUGCGAUGAGCUAGGGCAGGACAAUGGCCAUGAAUAUUGUAUUGAAUAAAUUCAUUGUGCGCCCAUCACACCUAAGAAAAUACAGCGUUUGUGUACGGAUUGUGUGUGUGUAUAUUAGCGUGUAAAUGGUGAGAUUCACGCGCGUUGAGUUCCCUGACCUACGGACUGGGCUAGCUCUAGAUUGUUAGGGUCGUUCAGAAGCUGAUUGCUUGAAUCAAGCCACUUUAGAGACAGGACGUGAUUUUCACCCCGCUGAGGUGCCAUUUUAUAUUCUUCGUGCCGCUGUCGCCAUUGUCGCUGUCGUCACUUAUACUAGGAUUGUUCGUUCUUACCUGUUUUGUUCCCCUGCACCGAGUUGGUUCCGUUUUGACGAUAGAAUAUAAACGUCGAUGCCCAGUUGAGGUAAUGACACUGAAAUGCAGUUUUGGACAGGAUGGACACGAAUUAGCUGAGAUAAAAACGGGCAGCAGGAGCAAUCACGUUUGUUCUACCAUAUAGAAACCGUAAAACACUUGGUUAUUGUUUUGAAGUGAGUGAUACAAGCAACUAUCCAGUCAAUACAAAGGUGUCUGCGAAGAUAAAGGUGCUGGCCUUUAUCACCGCUUCCUUUGCAGUGUGGCUCAAGACCGUUUGGAACUACCUGCUAGUUCGGAAUUCAUCGUCGAACAUCAUUCCGCUGUCCAAAUCGUUACG